AACGAUAUCGUCUAGAUGGUUCAGUCAUCUGUCUCUCUUUAAUCAUCUUCUCGGCCCCCUCUUUUUUCAUUUCUGCCUUGAUUUUUUUGAUAUCAAAUUUCUGUUAAAAGCAGCUUGCAAAGAAGUUGGAUUUAUCUAUUAGAAUCAGUCAACAUCUGCCAUCGUCACAGCCUAACUCUCCACGCUCUGACCAAGAUGGACUCCACCGAGGGAAUGUUCGAGUUCAAACUGUACCGCUAUACACCCUCGCUUGGGGCAGCAGUCCUGUUCCUUAUUCUAUUCGCCCUAAUUACUAUCUAUCACCUGUACCAAGUGAUUCGCUUAAGGUCCUGGUAUUUCCUUGUGUUCGUAUUCGGAGGAGUGUUUCAAGUUAUCGGCUACAUCUGCCGUGCACUGGCGCAUAACGACACCAACUCUAUACCGAUCUACUCCAUAGGAACGAUCAUGAUCCUCCUCGCGCCUCCACUCUACGCCGCCUCGAUCUAUAUGACUCUCGGUCGACUGAUCAAGUACCUGGACGCGGAAGCGCUCAGCAUCGUGCCCACAAGGUGGUUAACACUAAUAUUCGUAAUCGGCGACGUGGUCGCAUUCGUCAUGCAGGCAGCAGGCGGCGGGAUCAUGGCCAGCGGGAGCCUCAGCGCCAUGAACACGGGCGAGACAGUCACCAUCGUUGGUCUCGCAGUCCAACUAGCAUUUUUCAGCGUCUUUAUCGUCACCUCGACGAUCUUCCACUGGCGAAUCCACCACAACCCGACGGAAAGAUCACUCAUCAAAGGCCAGUCCAAGUGGACGGAGACGACCUGGGUAACCGUAAUGGGUGUUCUUUAUGUGUCGAGUGUGCUCAUCCUUGUGCGAUCGAUUUUCCGUCUCAUCGAGUAUGCCCAGGGGAAUGCUGGGUAUCUGAUUAGCCAUGAGGUGUUCAUGUAUGUCUUUGACUCCAUGCUGAUGUUCUUCACUAUGGUUGUUAUGGGCUUCUAUCACCCUUCGAAGCUCCUCAAUCCGGGGAGGAUGGGACGGCAGUCUGGUGAUACUACGACGCAGUUGCAUCGGCUGGCGUCGGCUUAGGAUACUUGCGUCUUUGCUUGUCUCCUGUGUUUUUGUUUCUGGGUCUUGUAUGGAAUUGGAUUUUAUAUAUCAUUCUGUGGUUGUUUGGGACUUUAGCCUUUAAGCUCUCGCUAUUUUGUCGAACCAGAUAGAGGCGUAUAAUCUGAGUCUUGAAAUCGUUCUAUGUACAUGCCACUGUAUAUAUUGGUAGGCCAAUAGAUUGCUUAAUGAAGAGUGGGUCGGUGGGUCAUUAGCAUGUUUGAAUAACAUGUUGAUGUCGUCGUUCAG